UUCAUUGUAAGUGAUACAUAAUUUAGUGGGCCUAAACUAAAAGCAACACUAACCUGUAUUUCUAACCAUCUAACAAAAAGAGUCACAAAACAAACUUUCAGUGUAUACGUGCUUUAUAAGUAGGCAUCUACCAGAUUACAGCCGCAACAGAGAGCAGGUCGGAGAAAAUGCAUCGCCUUUUGGUCAUAUCGGUUAUUUGUACAUUCCUCAUGAUUACUGAUCAAACAGAGGCUUGGACAAGGCGGCGACGACGGAGAACUGUUCCACCCCCUCCCCAAGAUGUAUAUUGUCCGGUUAACUACAAUUCACCAUUGAAUAAUACCAACAGUCUGUGUCCCGCAGGAACAACCAUACCCGAGAAUACACGUUGUGAAUUUAGCUGCCCUACUGGGUACAAUCUCGUUGGGAAUCAAUCUGUGUAUUGCAUGUCGGAUGGUUUGUUAUCUGACGAGAUUGGAUGUGAAAUUAUUACCUGUCCUGUUUGGGGGUAUACGUGGCCUCUGAACGGAUCAUGUGACUCGAACUCUAGUGUUGAUUGGUCGACUGAGUGUAGGUUUGAAUGUGCCGAGGGAUAUCGUCUGGAAGGGGAUGAUAUUGCAAGAUGUGGGGAUGACGGACAACUCAAUGGAUCCCUCCCAACCUGUACAAUUAUUACCUGUCCUGUCCCUAACUAUAACACGCCUCUGAAUGGAUCAUGUGACUCAAACUCCAGUGUUGAUUGGUCGACUGAAUGUAUGUUUGAAUGUGCAGAGGGGUAUCUCCUUGAAGGUGACCACGCUACAAGGUGUGGAGAUGACGGACAAUUUAACGGAUCUCUUCCGAGUUGUACCAUUAUUACCUGUCCUGUUUGGGGGUAUACGUGGCCUCUGAACGGAUCAUGUGACUCGAACUCUAGUGUUGAUUGGUCGACUGAGUGUAGGUUUGAAUGUGCCGAGGGAUAUCGUCUGGAAGGGGAUGAUAUUGCAAGAUGUGGGGAUGACGGACAACUCAAUGGAUCCCUCCCAACCUGUACAAUUAUUACCUGUCCUGUCCCUAACUAUAACACGCCUCUGAAUGGAUCAUGUGACUCAAACUCCAGUGUUGAUUGGUCGACUGAAUGUAGGUUUGAAUGUGCAGAGGGGUAUCUCCUUGAAGGUGACCACGCUACAAGGUGUGGAGAUGACGGACAAUUUAACGGAUCUCUUCCGAGUUGUACCAUUAUUACCUGUCCUGUUUGGGGGUAUACGUGGCCUCUGAACGGAUCAUGUGACUCGAACUCUAGUGUUGAUUGGUCGACUGAAUGUAGGUUUGAUUGUGCCGAGGGAUAUUGUCUGGAAGGGGACGAUAUUGCAAGAUGUGGGGAUGACGGACAACUCAAUGGAUCCCUCCCAACCUGUACAAUUAUUACCUGUUCUGUUCCUAACUAUAACACGCCUCUGAAUGGAUCAUGUGACUCAAACUCCAGUGUUGAUUGGUCGACUGAAUGUAGGUUUGAAUGUGCAGAGGGGUAUCUCCUUGAAGGUGACCACGCUACAAGGUGUGGAGGUGACGGACAAUUUAACGGAUCUCUUCCGAGUUGUACCAUUAUAACCUGUCCUGUUUGGGGGUAUACAUGGCCUCUGAACGGAUCAUGUGACUCGAACUCUAGUGUUGAUUGGUCAACUGAGUGUAGGUUUGAAUGUGCCGAGGGAUAUUGUCUGGAAGGGGACGAUAUUCCAAGAUGUGGGGACGACGGACAACUCAAUGGAUCCCUCCCAACCUGUACAAUUAUUACCUGUUCUGUUCCUAACUAUAACACGCCUCUGAAUGGAUCAUGUGACUCAAACUCCAGUGUUGAUUGGUCGACUGAAUGUAGGUUUGAAUGUGCAGAGGGGUAUCUCCUUGAAGGUGACCACGCUACAAGGUGUGGAGAUGACGGACAAUUUAACGAAUCUCUUCCGAGUUGUACCAUCAUCACGUGUCCUGUUUGGGAAUAUACCUGGCCUCUGAACGGAUCAUGUGACUCGAACUCUAGUGUUGAUUGGUCGACUGAGUGCAGGUUUGAAUGUGCUGAAGGGUAUUUCUUUGAAGGAAGCGUCACUGCAAGGUGUGGACUUAGUGGAGAGCUCAACGGAUCAAUUCCAGAUUGUAACAUUCUCUGUGAAGUUGACUACAUGUCACCACUAACCAACAUUAACAGUGCAUGCCCGGCAGGAACGAAAAUUACUGAGAAUACACAAUGCGAAUUUAGCUGCCCAACUGGAUAUAAUCUAGUCGGAAAUUCAACAGUUUAUUGCAUGGCAAACGGUCUUUUAUCAGACGAAAUCGGAUGCGAGAGUAUCAAUAAAUGUUCAGCUUUGCCAUGCAGUGCUGAUGCUAACAGUUUCUGUGUCAAUAGACUGGGGACUUUCCAGUGUAGCUGUUACGAGGGAUAUGAGAAUUCCAUAGAAAACCCACAGUGCAGUCCUGGUAUUCCAACAAUAGCAUGUCAAAUCAAUUCAUGUAUGAACGGGGGUACUUGUAAUCAGGAGCCUACAACGUUUACCUGUACCUGUCCUUCCGGAUUCACAGGCUUGAUGUGCCAAAAUGAUUUGAGAUGCAAUGACGUAGUUUGUGAGGAUACUCAGACUUGCUUCCAAGGAGCAUGCGUAUGUCAAGAUGGCAGAGUUCCUGUGAAUGGCGUGUGUGAACGGUCAUGUUCCCAGAGCUGUGUUUUGGAACAGGAAAGAUGUGUUCUCUCUUCGUGUCGAUGUCGAACCACAUGGUACAGGAGAGAAAUAGGAAAUGGUGUAUCUCGAUGCAGCAAAGCAAGUCGUCUGUUAAGAAUAUCCUACAUUCUCUUUGCUAUCAACGGUGUUCAAGUUAACUUUGAGGCCUCGUACAGAGAUCCGCAGAGUGCAGAAUAUAUAGCCGGGGCGGAAGCAAUUAGAUAUGUGAUACCGAGGGUACUAAAAGCCAGAGGUGUUGGGGGUGUCAUCACUUCUGUGGUCUUGGGGUAUUUCAAUGGUAGUCUCGGUGUAGAUUCUGCUGUCUCCGUAGAUGAAACCUUCGUCGGUGAUGAGACCACUUUGACCGACGCUCUCAUGCAGGAAAUGAUAGAAGGCCAAGAUCAUCUCACAGCUGAUAAUACCAGUCUUCGUAUUAACAUGGCAUCACUUAAUGUUGCAGAAAUCACUGAAGUAGAUGAAUGCGCUGAUGGAAGCCACGAUUGUGACACUUACGCCGUUUGCAUCAACACUGAUCCAGGACUUGGAUUUGAUUGCUUAUGCAAUGAGGGUUAUGACGACCUUUACCCAGUUACACUACCCGGUCGAUACUGUGUUCUUGCAUCUCCGCCUGACCCAGACGAAACGCGAAAAGAUAUCGCAGAUGGUUCAAUAAACGUCGCCCUCAUUGCUGGACUUGUUCCAGGCCUGGGGAUUGUCUUGGUGGUCAUCUUCACCUGCGCAUGCGUCACAUUCGUCCGCUCGCAGCGUCAGAAGAAUAUGGCGGAAAUGAUGUUUGGAGAUCGACCUACCUCCUUAAAUCACUAUUCCAGGAACGUUAAUGACGAGCUGUCGUACCGAAAGGAAAGUUCACAGUCGGAUGUCUACUACCUAUAUCCUGGUUCGAGUGGUAAUUCGAGCAUAAAGACAGGAUAUUCACAUCGAAGUAGGAAUCCCGUAUCUACUAACAGACGAUCGGCAUCGAGCGCCAUUUACAACAAGACGACGCCAUCUAUCAUGGGCAGCCCAACCUACGACUAUUCUGGCUCUGAUACCAAUCAUUCAACCACGGUUAACGGUCAACCAAAAGGAGAACGGGAUACGGGUUUCAGGCGUUCGACCACGAGUACAAUCUAUAACAGCAUUGCUACGAUCUAUGAAUGAUAGUUUAAUUUGACCCACUAGGGUCCAACGACAUGGCAACAGACCCCCAUAUAUUUUUUAUUAAGGGUUUCUGAUAACUGAACUGAAAUGCAUUUGAAUAGUUACUAGAUUCUAGCUCGGCUUAAUCACCUGCUAAUUAUUUGAAAUUUGUGCAAGCUUUACGAGCAAAUAUGAAACUUCGGAGAUACAUGCCUUCGUUUAUACUGUAAGCAAAAAAAAAAUCAAAACCAUUCAUAAUAAUACUAGAUGAGCAUGGGGACUCUAAGUCGUAGAAGUGAUAGUCAUUUGUAAAAUACGUCAAAUCCAUUUGGAUUAUUAGAAUAAUUGAAGUUUAUGAAAUGGUUCUUUUUUUUUUUUUGGGGGGGGGGUUAAUUGCAUCCAUCGCCUUCAUCUUCCCCUUGAUUAUCCAAAUUAUGAUAUGAUAUUUUCAGUGGAAACUAUUCCCGUUCUGCUUUUUAAUCGUAUUGGUACUAUUAUUAUACUAUUGUUUCUACGGGGCGAGCUCAUAUUGUAUUGCUUUAAAAAAAGGGGGGGGGGGACGGGCAGCCUUAAACAUUAUCGUCUUUAAUUCCAAUGUUGCAUUCAACUAGAUGUUGUCUUUUGUAUGUAAAUGAUAUAGCUUUCCGAUACAAGUUUAAGUUUUACAAUAUUUAUUUUGAAUGUUAACAUUAAUUAUAAGUAUAAUUGCGUGGUGUUGUUUGCUUUAUAUAAUGUCUUACAGAUGAAAAUAAAAUGGGGAGAAAACGCAAAAAACCAUGCCAUCGAAAUUACGUUUCUACAUUAUACAGUGCGUAUCAAAAAAAAGUUUACACUUAGAAAA